AUGGACGAAGAUGGUAACCAGCCGGGUGGCGACGAGACUCAGAGCAGGCUCGGCGUGACUCUGCUGUCUGUCCUGGGUUACCUCUCCCAAGCACUCGACGUUCUGAAACUGGCGAAUCAGAGCGAAACACGUAAGUCCCUGCUGGGGAUGCUCGUGGAGGCCACACGAUUUUCGCUAGACGAUCAACAGCGGGUGGAGGGAGGCAGGAAGGGAUACGCCGGUGCUGAUCGGACGAGGGUUUCGGUGGGCGGAGGCCGGACGGUACCCGUCCCCUGUCCAACCACUCGUUUCCCCCUGUACGUCCCACUCGUCUCCCCCUGUCGAUGCACACCCUACCUCCAGUUAACGGACCCGCAGCAUGGCAAACCGCUUGACACAGCCGCUUGUAUCCUCUUGGCCAUUGGCCCGCACAUCCUCAUGACGCACGCUGACGUCACCGCCACCAGCAGCAACAGCUCGAAAGCUCCGAGCCUGGUUUCCCCCUCGCUGCUGCGGUCCCGCGCCCUCGAUUUUGUCACAUCCGAUAUUCUCACGAAAGCGCCAAAGGAGAGUGUCCCCGCGGUUGAGUCUCUGAUGCGUUACCUGUGCCUGCAUGCGCCAGAGAGAGCGGAAGGGAGGGCGGCGGCGGUGGAAGCGGUUAUGAAGGUGUACGAAACGGUGGGGAGGAAGGAGAGGGAGGGGUUUUUUCUGUUCGUGGGGAAGCUGGCGAGGGUUGAUAGGGCAGCCGCGAGGGUGGUGGCUCUGGAUCUAAGUGCUGCUCUGGUUGAACGGAUGGCAAUGACGUGGGGGAGAGGGGUAAGGGGGCAAGGGAGCAUGGGGUCGGGGGCUAUGGAAGAGGGUGGUGGGGGUGGGAGUCGUGAUGGGGAAGGGGGGGAUCCGGGGAUUGAGAAGGGGAGUGGGGAGGCAGCCAGUGGGGAAAGGGGGACUGAGUCUGGGAGGGAGGGGGGAGAUGGAGAGGGCGACAAGGGGGAUGAAGUGAGUCUGAGUCAGGGGUCAGCUUCGGAAGGAGAUGCUCACAGUGGCAGGGAGAGUGGAAAUGGCACGGGGGUUGGGAAUGACAGCAGAGAGUCUGGGGAUAGCAGCGGGAAUGGAAGCGUGAGAGACGUUCUGAUCAGCCGUGUUGGCGGCUGUUUGGAGCUCAUGUUUCGUAGGGCCUCGGACGCCAGUCCCACUGUGCGCGCCCGAGCCCUUGUGGCGCUCACUGCGACCCUUCGGAUUCUGAAAGGACGCCCUUCGCUCCUGGACGCUGUACUUGCUGCUCAUGCUCAUGCUCAUGCCCAUGCCCAUGCUCCUACUCAUCCUCAUACUCAUGCACAAGCCGAGCCUGACGCAAGUAUUGGCCGUGGGUCCGGGCUGAGUGGGGAAUCGGAGCCUGGAGAAGCAUUGGGAGCUGGGACGGGUGGGUCGGUUCUGAGCGUUGAGGAGGUGUUGGGCAUGGUGAGGAGGCGUUUGGAGGACGAGAAGGGGCUCGUGCGCAAGGCGGCGGUGGGGGCUCUGGAGGAAAUUGUUGGGCUGUCGAGGCUGCCGCUGAGAGAAGAACUGGUGGAUGCCAUUGGGGAGCUGUGCUCUGACUCGCUGCUGAGUGUCCGGAGGGUGGCUCUCAACGCGUUGUCAAAGUUGACCAUGUCAAACCCAGGCCACGUGUGGCUGCGCGCCAAGUGGCUGCAGUCCGCGCUCGUUCUCAUUCUCGACAACGAGGCCACUGUGCAGGACCAGGCGCUAGACCUCCUCUCCUCCCUGCUCCUCCAACCCCUCGGCCUCAUCUCCGCGUCUCCCCGCCCCUCUGCGGCUUCGAGGAUGAGUCUGUGCAAGGAUAGGCCGCUGCACGUGUGUGUGGGGAGGAGGGGGGUGCCUCCUGCCCCUGUGCUCUGUGAAGGGGAGGGAGUCUGUGAGGUGUGUGGGCGGGCCGCUGGGGGAGAGGGUGCUGGAGCAGCAGGAGGAGGAAACGCAGCAGCAGGAGAAGCAGGAGCACCAGUAGUCGCUGAAGGGUCAGUGCGAAGUGUAGUGGCGUGGCUGAUGGCGGUUGGGCAAGGGAGCUCGUCGGUGGUGCCGCUGCUGCACCGCGCAUGUGCGGUUCUGGCAAGGCGAAACGCGCUCCACGCGAGGCUCGUGGAAGGGCUGCAGGCGGUGAUUGAAGCAGCCGAGGGAUGGCAGAAGGUGCAGCAGCAGCAACAGCAGCAGCAGCAGCAGCCGAAUGAGAAGGGGGGUUCAGUAGGAAAGGCAGCAGGUGUGAAAGGGGGCAGCCCCAGCAGGGUGUGGAGGUGGGUGGUGAGGGGCGCGUGGCUGUUACUGCUGGAAGUCACCUCCUUCUCGCCCCAGGGGGUCAGAUGGGAGUUUCUGAUUUCCAGAUGGAGGGACGGCAGGAAGCAGCAGGAAGCUAGAGCUGCUCGUCCUGAGUCGGUCUCUGCCAAACCUGCUCUUGAUCACGAUGCUGCUGAGAGUGCAACUCCAGGUUUUGGUUCCAGGGACUUGGGCGGACAGGAGAGAGGAGCAGGAGUUUUGCACGGGCAGGUAAAGGAGGCAGAAGUGCUGGACGGGCAGGAGAGGGAGGCGCAAGUGCAUGUGCUCAAGGCUCUCUGCAACGUUGCUGCACGGAUCCCAGGGGAGAAAGCUGCUGACGUGGCAGCAGGGUUGCUGCACAACCUGCGGAGCUUCCAGCUGUCCCCAGAAGAGGCUGGGGUGCACAUGGUCGCCCUUGCCACUCUCAACCGACAUGCAGCCACUGGCAGCAGGAGCACGGCACCACCAGUACCCGUUGCUGCUCCCGCCGCUGCAACCAACCCUGGGACUGCAGCAGCAGCAGCAAAAGGAGCAGCAGCAGGGGUGCGGGUGCCAGUGUUGGCGCAUGGGUGGCUGGCUCUGGGUCGCUUCUCUCUGGUGGACCACUCACUCGCCAAGACCUGCGUGCCGCUCUUCGUCCAGGCAAGCAUCAACCUCCUCCUUUGCUGUUUUCCCUUCCCUCUGUUUCAGUGCAGAUUGACGGGUCCUCCAGUCAAUCUGCAACAGCCUGUGCGCAACAACCUGGUCAUCAUUCUCACAGACCUCUGUGUGCGCUACACCGCCCUCGUCGACCCCCACGUGCCCUGCAUCUCCGCUUGCUUGCGCGACCCCUGCGAGCUCGUGAGGCGGCAGACGCUCGUGCUGCUGGCGGGGCUGCUGCAGCGGGACUAUGUCAAGUGGCGGGGAGCGCUGGUGCUGCGCGUGCUGCUGUGUGUUGUGGAUGAGUCUCAGGCGAUAAGAGAGGUGGCUCUUUACCUCUUCACACAUGUCGUUCCUCUGCACCUACACCCGCAACCCCGUUCCAUCUCUCUCCACCCCUCUCCACACCUCUCCACCUCUCUCCACCCCUCCACGGGCCGCCGUGUGCCUCUCGUGCCCUACAACAUAUUCAUCGAAGCACUCUUUGCACUCAACGCCUGCCCCUUCGCCCCCUCCUCCACCACCACCGCCCCGCCUCUCCCCUCCUCCGGCCCUCGACCCUCCUCUUCCAGCCCUCCCAACCCUGCCUCAGCCUACCCUAGCUCGUCCAAUCCUGGCUCCUCCGAAGCUGCCCCCUGCGACCCAUCGCAACCCAAGUGCCCCGAUUCAAGUUCUCCCGUCGAGGGCAUCCAGGAGGAGGGGUGGUCGGGGAAGAGAAGGGGGCGGAGUGGGAGGGGCGCAGGGGCAGGGAGGGAGGGCUUGGACGAAGAGCUAGAGCGGUUUUCCUUAAGCGGUCCAUCUCGCCAUGCUGCACGAACCACUGUGUACCUCACUCUACUCCGCCUCAUGGCUCGAGAGCACCAUCUCGCGCUCUCUGCCAAGCUCUGCCUGCAGGUGCUCGCGCCCUUACUGGACGGCGCCCUGCCUUUCUCCUGCCCGUCGGUGCAAGCCGUGGUGGGGGACGCCCUGGACGUGCUGUUUAGGUUGGGUAGCAACGCUUCUAUUCCACACUGCUGUCUUGCCUGUGAACCUCUCCCUUGCCAACAGGUGCUCGCGCCCUUACUGGACGGCGCCCUGCCGCUCUCCUGCCCCUCGGUGCAAGCCGUGGUGGGGAACGCCCUGGACGUGCUCUCAUGCAAGGAGAUGCGCCCAGGCUCAGGCAAGGCAGCAGGCGCGGACGAGGACGACGGCGCCCUGCCGCUCUCCUGCCCUUCUGUGCAAGCCGUGGUGGGGGAUGCUCUGUUUGAAUCUGGUUGCAGCAUCCCUAUUCUCACACCACCUUAUCCUGCCUGCAAACCUUUCCCCUACCAACAGGUGCUCGCGCCCUUGCUAGACGGCGCCCUGCCGCUCUCCUGCCCUUCUGUGCAAGCCGUGGUGGGGGAUGCUCUGUUUGAAUCUGGUUGCAGCAUCCCUAUUCUCACACCACCUUAUCCUGCCUGCAAACCUUUCCCCUACCAACAGGUGCUCGCGCCCUUGCUAGACGGCGCCCUGCCGCUCUCCUGCCCUUCUGUGCAAGCCGUGGUGGGGAACGCCCUGGACGUGCUCUCAUGCAAGGAGAUGCGCCCAGGCUCAUUCAAGGCGGCAGGCGCGGACGAGGACGACGGCGCCCUGCCUCUCUCCUGCCCAACGGUGCAAGCCGUGGUGGGGGAUGCUCUAGGCGUGCUCUCAUGCAAGGAGAUGCGCCCAGGCUCAGGCAAGGCGGCAGGUGCGGAGGAGGAAGGCGAGGAGGAGGCAGGAGGAAGCGCAGGCGGGGUUACAGGGGGAGGAGGUAGCAGUGGUGGCGGGAGGGCAGGAGGAGGAGCAGCAGGAGGAGGAGCUGGGGCGUUGGCGAAUGCUUUGAAGGGGCGGGUGGUUACUCAGCUGAUGAAGAAGAAUCUGGUCGAGAACACCAUUCCUGUUCUGAUCGAGCUCAAGAGGCUGCUGGAGGCUCGGAACAGCCCGCUGCAGGGGGCGCUGAUGGCGUGUCUGCGGUGCUUGUUCAAGGAGUAUAAAGAGGAGAUUGAGGACUUGCUAGCAGCGGAUCCGCAGCUGGGGAAAGAGCUUGUAACUGUUAGUGUGCCGAAAGUGAGAGAGAGGAGGGGCGUGGGGCGUGGCAGGGGGGCACAGGAGGAGGAUGGGGAUGGAGUGGGGAAGGGGAGGGUUGGUGGUGGGGGGAGUAUGAGAUUUCAGGAGAGAUUGACGAGGGAAGGGGGAGAGGUUGGUGGAAGGGGUUGUGAGAGUGAGGUGGAGAGGAUGAGAGAAACAGAGGAGGGUGAGAGUGAGGAGGCGGGCUUGACAGGAGGGACAGGUGAAGAGAGCGGGAAGGAGGAUGGGGGAGGAUCUGCCCUCAAGAUUAUAGAGUGGUGCGUUUCGAUUGCUUCAUGCUUUAGGAGGGAGGAGCAGGUGAGGGAAGUGCAGAGUAGGAUGGGGAAGGAUCUGCCAUCAAAGCGAGCCACAGAGCAGUCAGCAAGAGUCAAGCGGUAG